AAGUUUUAGACUGCGAUGAGCUCUCCCCUCACACCCCUCCAGGCUGAACACACCAAGUGCCCUCAGCCGCUCCUCCAAAGGCGUUUCACCACGUCCGCCGCCCUCCUCUGCACGCUAACCCCUCACUAUCUUUCUUAUACCGUCGCGCCUAAAAAUGCGCGCAGGACUCAAGCCAUGAGCUCGGGGCCGAUCUUCGGCGAGGGCGAGGACUGCAGGGCGGCCUGGGGGGCGGCCCCGGCGGGCUACGACCAGCCCGACGCCCACCUGGAGAUCCUGGGCAAGCCGGUGAUGGAGCGCUGGGAGACGCCCUACAUGCACUCGCUGGCCACCGUGGCUGCCUCCAAGGGCGGCCGCGUGCUCGAGGUGGGCUUUGGGAUGGCCAUCGCCGCCUCCAAGGUGCAGGAAUUCGCCAUCGAGGAGCACUGGAUCAUCGAGUGCAACGAGGGCGUUUUCCGGCGCCUGGAGCAGUGGGCAAAGGCACAGCCGCACAAGGUGGUGCCCCUGAAGGGGCUGUGGGAGGACGUGGUGCCAACGCUGCCGGACGGGCACUUCAGUGGGAUCCUGUACGACACCUACCCGCUGUCAGAGGCCACCUGGCACACGCAUCAGUUCAACUUCAUCCAGGGCCACGCCUUCCGCCUGCUGCGGCCCGGAGGGGUCCUCACCUACUGCAACCUCACCUCGUGGGGGGAGCUGCUCAAGACCAGGUACAGCGACAUCGAGAAGAUGUUCGAGGAGACCCAGGUGGGGCCGCUGCUGCAGGCGGGCUUCAGGAGGGAGAACAUCAGCACGAGGGUGAUGGAGCUGCAGCCGCCCGCCGAGUGCCGCUACUACUCCCACCCCAGGAUGAUCACCCCCACCGUCCUCAAACACUGAGGGGAGCAGGAGCUGGGCAGGAGGAGAAAAGCUCUGAUCUCCUUUAAAGCCCCUGAGAGAUGGGUGGAGGAUCAGGAUGGAUUCCAGUGGACAAAAGGACAGGAAACCCCCUGCCCCAGGAGCCCCCUGCCCUGGAGGGGUCUCAUGGGCUCUGUGGAAGAUCUCACCCUGCUCUGUCCCCUCAAGAUUUGAAAUUCUCAAUUAAGCUGGAAUUUCAGAGUGUGGUUCUGGCCAAACGGGUUCCAGACCCAGCCAUUUCCUCUAAAAACUGCAUCAUUUUGAGAAAUCACAGGGUGGAUUCCCACAAGAGUCAAAUAAUCCAAACCAGGUGGGAGAAAUGGGGCAAUCUGAGGCAUUUUGAGGCAUUUCAGCUUCUCCUGAAGCAAUUCCCCAGGGAAGUUUCCCAACAUUUUCGGUCAAAGCCCACGGCAGCAAACCCUGACCCCAACACCCCCUCACAGCUCAAUAAAUGAUGUUUCCUCUCUCCCCAGAAGGGAUAAAGUCCAUUAAAAGGAAUGAAAUACCCAAA